AUUAAUUCAAACUACGACAAUAAAGAGGAUAAUUAAAUUUGUUUUGUAUAAAAGGCACUUGAAGCUUUUUUCCUUUAUUUUUUUUCAGUUCUUUUACUUUUCAUUAUUAUCAAGUAGAGUGAAAAUAAACAUGAGCGCCGAAACUGAAACCUUCUCAUUCCAAGCUGAGAUCUCUCAAUUGAUGAGUUUAAUCAUCAAUACUUUCUAUUCUAAUAAGGAAAUUUUCUUGCGUGAAUUGAUCUCUAACUCUUCUGAUGCUUUGGAUAAGAUUCGUUAUCAAUCCUUGACUGAUCCUUCUGUUCUUGACUCUGAAAAGGAACUUUUCAUUCGUAUUACUCCCGAUAAAGAACAUAACAUUCUUUCUAUUCGUGAUAGUGGUAUUGGUAUGACUAAGGCCGAUUUGGUUAACAACUUGGGUACUAUUGCCAAGUCUGGUACUAAGGCCUUCAUGGAAGCCCUUUCCUCUGGUGCUGAUAUCUCUAUGAUUGGUCAAUUCGGUGUUGGUUUCUAUUCUGCUUACCUUGUUGCUGAUAAAGUUCAAGUCAUUACCAAGCAUAACGAUGAUGAACAAUACAUUUGGGAAUCUGCUGCUGGCGGUUCUUUCACUAUUACUCGUGACACCGUCAAUCCUUCUCUUGGUCGUGGUACUGAAAUGCGUCUUUUCUUAAAGGAAGAUCAACUUGAAUACCUUGAAGAAAAGAGAAUUAAGGAUAUUGUCAAGAAGCACUCUGAAUUCAUCUCCUAUCCUAUUCAACUUGUUGUUGAAAAGGAGGUUGAAAAGGAAGUUUCUGAUGAUGAAGAAGAAGUUGUUUCUGAAGAAGGUGCCAAGAUUGAAGAAGUCACUGAUGAAGACGACAAGAAGGAUGAAAAGAAAAAGAAGACUAUUAAGGAAAAGGUGACUGAGAAUGAAGAACUUAAUAAGACUAAGCCUCUUUGGACUCGUAACCCUGAAGAUAUUAAGCCCGAAGAAUACGCUGAAUUCUAUAAGGCUCUUACCAACGAUUGGGAAGAUCAUUUGGCUGUUAAGCACUUCUCUGUUGAAGGUCAACUCGAAUUCCGUGCUAUCCUCUUUGUUCCUAAGCGUGCUCCCUUCGACAUGUUUGAAACUAAGAAGAAGAGAAAUAACAUUAAGCUCUACGUCCGUCGUGUCUUCAUUAUGGAUGACUGUGAGGAAUUGAUUCCUGAAUGGCUCGGAUUCAUUAAGGGUGUUGUUGAUUCUGAAGAUCUUCCUCUUAAUAUUUCUCGUGAAAUGCUUCAACAAAAUAAGAUCUUGAAGGUCAUUCGUAAGAACCUUGUUAAGAAGUGUCUCGAAAUGUUCAACGAAAUUGCUGAAGAUAAAGAGCAAUUCGAUAAGUUCUAUGAGGCCUUUAGCAAGAAUCUCAAGCUCGGUAUUCACGAAGAUACCCAAAACCGUGCCAAGCUCGCUGAGUUGUUGCGUUACCACUCUACCAAGUCUGGUGAUGAAAUGACCUCCUUCAAGGACUAUGUCACUCGUAUGCCCGAGAAGCAAAAGAAUAUUUACUAUAUUACUGGUGAAUCCCGCGCUGCUGUUGAGAACUCACCUUUCCUCGAAGGUUUCAAGAAGAGAGGUUAUGAAGUUCUCUUGAUGACUGAUCCUAUCGAUGAAUAUGCCGUCACUCAAUUGAAGGAAUAUGAAGAUAAGAAAUUAGUCUGCAUCACUAAGGAAGGUGCUGAUAUUGAAGAAGAUGAGGAAGAAAAGAAGGCUCGUGAAGAAGAGCAAAAGGAAUUCGAAGAUCUUUGUAAGUCUGUUAAGGAAAUCCUUGGUGAUAAGGUUGAAAAGGUUGUCCUUUCUCAAAUCUUGACCGAUUCUCCUUGUGUUUUGACUACUGGUCAAUUUGGUUGGUCUGCUAACAUGGAACGUAUCAUGAAGGCACAAGCUCUCCGUGACUCUACUAUGUCUAGCUACAUGGCUUCAAAGAAGACUUUAGAAUUGAACCCUAAGCAUCCUAUUAUUAAGGCUCUCAAGUCCAAGGCUGCUGCAGACUCUACUGAUCGUACUGUUAAGGAUCUUGUUACCUUAUUAUAUGAAACUUCUCUCUUAACUUCAGGUUUCUCCUUGGAUGAUCCUAGCUCCUUCGCUACCCGUAUCAACCGUAUGGUUGCUCUUGGUCUUAGCAUUGAUGAAGAUGAAAUGGAAGUCUCAACUGAGACUCAAGAAACCCCUGCUGAAGAGACAACUGAAGCCUCUAAGAUGGAAGAAGUUGAUUAAAUCAUUAUUUAACUUUGUAGCAUAAACUCUUUCUCUUUUCCCCUUCUACCUUAAACAAUGAUACACACUAUAUAUACUACUAACUUUUAUUUUUAUUCUUUCUCUAUAUAUAUCUAAUUGCAUUUAAAAAUUAUUUUAAUUAUUUUUAAUAAAUAGUACAUAUGUAUUUCACAAUAAUACAAAAAAAAA